AUGGCCCAUUCCCAGAAGCCCCAGUCAGACAGGCCUGACCUGGCGCACGUCGAGUCUAUCCCGGACGAUAACAAGAUAACCCCCACUGCCGAAUACCAUCCCGACGAACUCGUCAAGUCCAAGUUCGAUAACCUGUCCAUCCCGCGCACCGUCUGGGUCUUUAGGCGGGUCGCUCUAGUUGCACUCGCCGUUUAUACCGGCUAUGUCUGCGAAGGCUUUGAGCUCAAAAUCGGUAACAACAUCAUCGCGAAUGCCGGCUUCAUCAAACAGUUCGGACGUAAAGGCGGUUCCGGUGUACAGGCACUUGAUCCUACCUGGGAUCAGAACGUCGGUCAAAUUGUUACCUUCCUCUAUAUCCAUUGGUUCUCUGAUAGAUUCGGCCGUAAGGCGUGCCUCUAUCUCGCUUGGCUCUGGCUGGCAGUCGGUUGCACUGUUCUCAAUGUGGCAAAGACCCCUUCUGUAUGGGCCAUUGGAAAGCUUUGCAAUGGUGCAGGUGUUGGUAUUCUUCAGGUCACUUGUCAGGUCUACGUCAUGGAAAUAUGCCCAAACAAUAUUCGCGGUGGUAUGCUCACCUUUCAAGCUGUCUGGAGUAAUAUCGGCAACAUCGCCUGCAAUGUCAUGAUGCAGAGAUUGAACAAGAACCACCCUGAUGAUUACACAUUGCCAUUGAGAAUCCUCAUCGCUCCUGUUGUAAUGAUGCUUCUGUUUUGGGCUUUCGUUCCUGAAUCACCUUGGUAUUACGCACGCCAUGGGCAGAAGGAGAAAGCCAUGAAGUCAUUAACGCUCCUGUAUGGUAACGUUGAAGGCUAUGACUUUGAACAGGAAUACAGUAUCAUCGAGAAGACGAUUUCGCAUGAGAGGGAACUCUUGGACGAAGCACCCAAGCUUACACACGUUUUCAAGGGCCUGAAUUUGGUAUGGUGA